GUGUGUACCCUGGUGUUCAGCUCCACCUACCAACCUGGUGACCCUGAGCUGACCUCUGUGAUGGAAUACAACGACGGUAUCGUCCAGACCAUCGCUAGAGGGGGACUAGUUGACAUCUUCCCCUGGCUACGGUUUCUCCCCAACCAGAAUCUGACCACGCUGACAGAGUGUAUCGCCAUCAGGGAUCAGCUACUCAGCAGGAAACUAGAGGAACACAAGGUGUCGCCGAUCGGCGGGGAGCCCCGUGACCUACUGGACGCUCUGCUGCAGGGUCAGACAAGUUUCAAACAUAACCAGGGGUCAGGGGUCAGAGGUCAGGGGUUAGGAGCGGAGCAGGAAGAGGAGGGGAUCAGCGAUGACCACGUCUUGAUGACUGCGGCUGAAGCAUUCGGAGCCGGAGUAGAAACCACCUCGACGACACUACUCUGGGUCCUGGCCUUCCUCCUGCACCACCCACAGGUCCAGGAGCGUGUGCAGAAGGAGCUGGAUGAGGUGGUGGGUUGUGUAAGGAGUCCAGAUGUGUCAGACCGCCCUCACCUGCCCUAUCUGGACUCUGUCAUCAAUGAGGUCAUGAGGAUACGCCCUGUCAGCCCCGUCCUCAUACCUCACACCGCCCUGACUCACAGCAGUAUCGGCGGUCAUUCCAUCUGUAAGGGAAGCCGUGUACUGGUGAACAUGUGGGCCAUACACCACGACCCGGAACACUGGGACCAACCAGAGGACUUCAGACCAGAGCGUUUCCUAGACGACAAGGGCCAGCGCUUCAUUCCUUCCUGUUUCAUGCCAUUUGGGGCAGGGCCUCGGGUCUGCGUGGGCGAAUCACUGGCCAGGCUGGAGCUGUUCCUGUUUGUGAGUGGUCUGCUGCAGAGGUUCAGCUUCAGCCCCGCCCCUGGGGAUUCCCUACCCGACCUGGAGGGGCGCCUAGGGGUGGUGCUACAGCCACUCAGAUACACCCUCACUGUUACACCUAGACCAGGCUGGGAGGGGGUUGCGGGUGGGGGUGAGGGGAAGGGAGGGGAGAAGACUGAGGUGGAGGGGAAGAGAGUGGGGAGGGCGGUGUAA